AUGUUAAAAAAUUUAACGCUAGAGAAGGCUAUAAACAUUAUUCGACUGAGCGUGGCGCUGACAUUUUGUUGGCCGCUGAGUGCGAGCAAUAGCAAAAUUGUGAUCUUUGUUUACAGAGUAAUGCAAAUUUGUGCAGCUAUUAACAUGUCCUUGUUACUUCUGCCUACAUUGUACACGACAUAUUUGCGAUCGGACAUAGAAAUUCUUUCUCACUGUGUAAUCCAGGUGAUAUGCGAGAUUCAAUGUAUCGUUCAAACUAUUAUAUGUUUCAGCAAGUACGACACACUACAACGUAUAAUAGAGGAGCUGUGGAAUUUCAUCGAGGUGGCUCAAAGUUAUGAGAGGGAUAUUCUUCACGAGUAUUUUGUGAGAGUCAACGUGCUUUAUGGCAGUUACAUCGUAACUAUGUACAUCAUGGUGUUCGUUGGUGUGAUCGGACCCUUGUUCCUUCCAAUUAUUGGUAUAAUAUUCGUUGAGUAUCCAUUUGACGUUAAUAAUCGGACGUUAUUAAGCAUUAUUAUACAUGCGCAUCAGAUCGUCACUUACCACCAGGUAUGCGCCCACGAAUGUAUGUGUUUGUUUGGUGCGCUACUAAUUUGGUUUACCGCAGCGAGAUUCGAAUGUUUAAUAGUGGAACUGCAGAGCACUGAGGAUAUUCGUAUGCUGGCCCCGUAUAUCAAGAAACACUUGCGUUUAAAGAGUAUGGCAUUUGAGCGACGAUUCUGCGUACAACCAACUAAUUGGAGUAAUUUACGAACAGAAUACACCACUGAUAGCGAAAAUGCUGUUCGCAGGAAUUACUGUGUCCCUGCUCAUGUACAUUUACAUGUACGCGUGGCCGGCUGAUCACAUGAAAGAAAUG